AUGGUGUCAUAUGGGGUUUCAAUGAUCAUGGAUUGUACCCAUCCAGAUGGAGGAUACCCAGGAGGCCCUAGGGACCCCAAUUUGCUGCAGUUGCAUAAAGAUCAUUCGUCCUAUUAUAAUUGGGAAGGACAUGAGAAAAUGGAAAUAAGAAUUGAUGAGAGAGCCCAUCAAUUGGGCGAUUGGAAUCUAACCAAAAAGCAAAUUUUGCUAGUGAAUGCGUCUAGACUGGGUGGUUUGUCUAUUAUCCAGCUAAGUCAAAUAGACCAUCCCUUAAUCACAGACAAUACAAACAGGUGGCGCUCUGAGACAAACUCUCUAUCUUUCAAUAUUCAAAUUGGUGAGAUGACACCUACACUCUUCGAUGUUUAUGAGAUCCUUACUCUUGUUGUGGAUGGCGCACCUGUGACCUAUCGUCCAAUUAAUGACUACCGGGAGUACAUAGAAAGUCAAUUGGGUGAAGUCCCCCUAGAGGCAACAAUGCUAACUAGAUAUUUGCAAUUCUUUGAGGAUACUGAACAAGCUAGCGGAUAUGCUUGGGGUGUUGCAUCCCUCGCUUAUCUGUAUCGUUCUCUCGAAAAGUCUUGUACUUUUAAGUGUAGACAUUUUAGUGGCUCAACCACUCUUAUGCAGAGUGCGAUGGAGUGA